CCGCCCAUCCAGGUGUACGGGCUGGAGGGACGCUAUGCCACCGCCCUGUACUCUGCAGCCAGCAAGCAGAAGAAGCUGGAGCAGGUGGAGAAGGAGCUGACCCGGGUGUGGACCCUGCUGAAGGACCCCAAACUGUCCAGUGUGGUGAUGAACCCUCACACCAAGGGCACAGUGAAACAAAAAGCCGUGAGCGACGCCUUGGCGAGAGAGAAGAUGUCCCCCAUCACCGUCAACCUGAUGAACCUGCUGGCUGAGAACGGCCGCCUGCGCCACACCCCGGGCAUCGUGUCCGCCUUCGCCAAGAUCAUGAGCGCGGUGCGAGGAGAGGUGGUGUGCACGGUCACCACGGCACAGCCCUUGGAUGAGGCCAACCUGACUGAACUGAAAAGUGCUCUGAAUGGGUUCCUGGCUAAGGGAGAGGUCUUGAAGCUGGAGACCAAGACUGACCCCUCGAUCCUCGGCGGGAUGAUUGUCAACAUUGGGGAGAAGUACGUGGACAUGUCAACAAGGUCCAAGAUCCAGAAACUCACCAAGAUCAUGAGAGAGUCUGUCUAGAGAGCUGUCCUGGUCAUUCCCAAGGAAACCUGGCUGAUGGAAACAAUAAAAUUCCUCCUUCUCGAGUA